ACGGCGGCGGGGCCGAGGCCUGCGGCCUGCGCUGUCCGCCCGCCCGCCCCGCUCAUCCCGCUCAUCCCGGCCCCUCCCGGAGAGCUCCGCACCGCCGACCCCAAACCCAGCAAUAAGGAAACAUGGUAAACAUGAACGAGGUGGUGGAGGCCCUGAGGAAGAUCGAGGAGAAAUACAAGCUUUUCCAGCAGCAGCAGUUCACCUUUAUCAGAGCACUGGAGCGCACCCGGGAGGAAGCCCACGAUUUGAUCAGACCUGUGUCAUCCAUUGUCCAGGUGCAGUGCUACAAGGACCACCACUGCUACAACUCCACAGACAGGCGCAUCCUCAACAUGUUCAUCUCCAUCUGCAACGAGCUCCGCUGCCUCUGCCAGAGGAUGGAAACGGUGCACCCAGGGGACAGCGUCACCAACGGCCUUUUGGAGAAGUGCAAAGUGCUCCUUAACGACAGCAACGACCUCAGUGCCCUUCGAGCCACCUACCCCCACCCCGUUGUGAACUACCUGAGCUUGGAAGAAGCAAGGCAUCGCUAUGGAGGGGUGGUGAGCAUCCUGCCCAUCGUUAUAGACAACAUGAAGGAAUGGGUCACCUACUCCAAGAGGCAUCUGCUCCCUAAUGUGAGUGGAGCACAUGCCGUGGCCAAGGAGGAGACUCCCCCUUCCAAAAGAGCACCUGCUGGGCUCUCUGCAGCUCAGACCUCCAACAGUAACAAAAAUACUGUACAAUUGCAGGACAGACAAUGCCAGAUGUGCAAGUAUGAAGACCCACGUUUGGGAAAGAAAGCUCCCUGGAGGCCACCAGGCAAACACCCCUAUUAAAAGAUCAAAGCUCCUGCAUCAUCUGCUCACCACCUUUAAGCACCUGGCUGAUCAAAUACAGUGCAAUGAACACUA